AUGUCCGCCAUUGCUACUGCUGCUCUGUCUCUCCCCAUAUCGUUAUCCCGUUCAAACAAGUUUAACAGCAAAAGGUGUGUAAAUGGAGGCUUUGGAGUGUUUGCUAUCAUUGGUGAGGAAGGUGGAUUAGUCACAAGGAGAAGUUCUUGGACGACAAUUUUUGACGUGGCGGAUCCACGGUCUAACGCCCCGCAGUAUAAAGGCAAGUUUAUUGAUGUGAACCAGGCUUUAGAGGUAGCUAGAUAUGACUUACAAUAUUGUGAUUGGAAAGCUCGGCAAGAUGUUCUCACGAUUAUGCUUCUGCACGAAAAGGUCGUGGAAGUAUUAAACCCUCUUGCUCGUGAGUUCAAAUCGAUUGGAACUCUCAAGAAGGAACUUGCGGAGUUACAGGAGGAACUAGCACGAGCCCAUAAUCAGGUACAUAUAUCAGAAGCAAGGGUAUCGACUGCUUUGGAUAAGCUAGCUUAUAUGGAAACACUUGUUAAUGAUAAAAUAAUUCGAGACCGAAACACAACAGAAACUGAUAACUUACUCCCAACUCCGAGUACUUCCGCUACGAUGAAGAGCAAAAAGCCCAGGAAAAACCUCAACGUGUCGGGACCCGUACAGCCUUACAAUGACCGUCUGAAAAAUUUUUGGUACCCUGUAACUUUUUCAUCAGACUUGAAGAUCGACACGAUGGUUCCCAUAGAUUGUUUUGAAGAACCAUGGGUUCUUUUUCGUGGUAAAGACGGCACACCUGGGUGUGUUCGAAACACAUGUGCUCAUAGGGCGUGCCCGCUUCAUUUGGGCUCGGUUAACGAGGGCCGUAUACAGUGUCCUUAUCAUGGGUGGGAGUACUCGACCGAUGGGAAGUGUGAAAAAAUGCCAUCAACUAAAUUACUUAACAUCAAAAUCAAGGCCUUACCGUGUCUUGAGCAAGAAGGUAUGAUUUGGAUUUGGCCAGGCAAUGAUCCCCCAACGGCUAGCCUUCCUUCGUUAUUGCCACCUUCGGGUUUUCAAAUACAUGCUGAGAUUGUGAUGGAACUUCCAGUCGAACAUGGAUUACUACUGGACAACCUUUUGGAUCUUGCACAUGCUCCUUUUACACAUACAUCGACAUUUGCUAAGGGAUGGAGUGUUCCAAGUUUGGUGAAGUUUCUUACUCCAGCAUCUGGUUUGCAAGGAUACUGGGACCCGUACCCGAUAGAUAUGGAAUUCAGGCCACCUUGUAUGGUACUUUCGACAAUCGGGAUUUCGAAGCCUGGUAAAUUAGAGGGGCAGAGCACAAGAGAGUGUUCAACUCACCUUCACCAGCUACAUAUAUGCUUGCCUUCAACACGGAAAAAAACGAGGCUUUUGUACAGAAUGUCACUCGAUUUUGCCCCCAUACUAAAGCACGUACCUUUGAUGGAGCACUUGUGGAGACAUUUUGCUGAGAAGGUCUUGAAUGAGGACCUAAGGCUCGUAUUAGGCCAACAGGAACGCAUGGUAAAUGGCGCUAAUGUCUGGAAUUGGCCCGUUUCGUAUGAUAAGCUUGGAGUAAGAUAUAGACUAUGGAGGGACUCGGUUGAGAAUGGCGAAUCGUAA